AUGGUGGAAGCAAUAAAUGAAAUUUCAAAAAAUUCUUUCCUUACACAGAAUGGUCAUGCUGGCCAUGAUCAAUUAGGUCCAGAUUUGGUGCAAUCACAGGUUAGCAUGGAAAUGUUGGAGAAGCAAAUUGAGGAAAUAGAUCGAGAAUUAUGGAAGUUUGACUUACCUGGGAAUAAAGUGCACGAGCAGCCUAUGGACACUGAAGAUACUUCCCCAAAUUAUAUCCCCCCUCAACCAAAAAUAUCCUCCCAUAGCCCUCCUUUUACGCCCCAUUCCUUUCAGAACUCUAAUGUAUCAGCUGAAACCCAACAAAAUCCCAACCCAAUCCCAUCACCUCUCCAUACUCCCAACCUGCCCCCACCACCCAUAAAUACUCCCAACACUACCAAAGAUAACUUGACCCCACCGCCAUGCAAUACUCCAAAAAAUCCCACAAAUAACCAUGCUUUUCCCAUACUAGACUUAACCCAUGAAAACACCCACCCCAUAAUCACACGUACCCCCUUUCCCUCUAAAAUUUCUAACCAAUUUACCAUACCUCAAACACUUCCAAACCCAACAUCGCUACCCCAUCAUACCCCCAAAAAUGCCUCUGUUUCUUCCUCCAAAAACAGAGCACCAAAUGACACCCCACCAUCCCUCCAUACACCCAGCAUGGCCCCACCAAUCAUUAAUACUCCCAACAACAACAUUAACACAAAUAACCCGACCCCACCACCCCUCAAUACCUCCAAAAACACCUCUGUUCCUCCAUCCGAAAACAGAGCACCUAAUGACACCCCUCCUGUGGCUACUUGGAAACGUAUCCCAAGACCUGGAACACAAGAAGCUCUAAUUAAGACUGAACCAUUAGGGUAG